AUGGAGCGACAUCAAAAGCGGCAGCGAGUGCAUGAUUUGGAGCAAAAUGAUGCGCCUACAUCACUGUCGGCUCCCAUUAGCCCUCCUCGGAAGAGUCAGCGUCGUGAAUCGGAGCGGCUGGCCUCACCGUGGCAAUUAACCUGGAUACGGGAUCUUCCCGAGGAACUCAACUACGACGCUGUCACCUUGAAGGAUCUUCUUGGCGAUCCACUCAUCAGCGAUUGCUGGGAGUUCAACUACCUGCACGACGUUCCAUUCUUGAUGGACGCUUUUGACCAGGAUACAAGACACCUUGUAAAUGUGCACGUUGUCCACGGAUUCUGGAAAAGAGAUGAUCCACAUCGGUUGGCGCUCACGGCGGAAUCGUCUGGAUUUGAUAAUGUGAAACUCCAUGUGGCUCCGAUGCCGGAAAUGUUUGGCACUCAUCACUCGAAAAUGAUGGUACUCUUCCGCCACGACAACACUGCAGAGAUUAUUAUUCACACAGCCAAUAUGAUACCAAAGGACUGGACGAAUAUGACGAAUGCCGUCUGGAGGACCCCCCGAUUAUCUCAGUUGCCACCAGGGUUUAGGCAACUGCAAGAGUAUUGCGACCUGCCAAUCGGCAGCGGCGAGAGAUUCAAGGCCGAUCUCCUCAAUUAUUUAAAGUCAUAUGACAGUCGAAAACUCACAUGCCGAACACUGAUAGAUCGACUUGUUCAAUAUGAUUUCUCCAGCGUCAAAGGUGCGCUUAUAGCCAGUGUCCCUGGAAAACAUGACAUACAUGACCUGUCCGGAACGGCGUAUGGCUGGUCUGGUGUAAAGAGGUACCUGAGUUCAGUUCCGUGCAAAGAAGGUAGUUCAGAAAUUGUGUCACAAGUAUCUUCUAUUGCAACACUAGGGGCCAAAGAUACUUGGCUCCAGAAAACACUUUUCGACUCUCUUGCAACAAGCAAGACGAAGUCCUUACAACGACCAAAGUUUAGCAUCGUAUUUCCCACAGCAGAUGAAAUAAGACAGUCUCUAGAUGGUUAUGCAUCUGGCGCCUCGAUUCAUACUAAAAUUCAGUCAUCUCAACAAGCUCAGCAACUGGGUUAUCUACGGCGCAUCUUACAUCACUGGGCCAACGACAGUCCAGACGGCAUUGCCUCGUCACCUGAAAUCAAAACUAGAAACGGUGGACGAGACAGGGCAGCUCCACACAUUAAGACUUAUAUUCGCUAUAACGAGGAGGGUUCGAUUGACUGGGCCAUGCUUACAUCUGCCAACAUUUCAAAACAGGCAUGGGGAGAGGCCUCGAGGCCGUCGGGUGAGCUGAGAGUGGCAUCUUGGGAGAUUGGCGUUCUGGUAUGGCCUGGUCUAGUCGGCCAGGAUGUUUCAAUGGUCGGGACCUUUCAGUCUGAUGUGCCGAAGAAACCAAAAGAACAAGCUAGCUCCAAAGCUGAUGCUAGCGGCGUCUUGAUGGGAGUCAGGAUACCUUAUAGCCUACCACUACAACGGUACGGCGCGGAAGAAGUGCCAUGGGUCGCAACAAUGCAGCACAGCGAACCGGAUCGUUUCGGUCGGCAAUGGAUGGAAUGA